AUGACCUGUGCAGCAGCUGCUAUCAACUCUAUAACGAUGGGUUACGAUACAAUGAUGAUGUCCAGUCUUAUCGCCGUCCCACAAUUCACAAACUACUUCAACCUCAAUCCUACCACAAAUGGAUUGAUGAACGCCAGUGUUUGGAUGGGAUCGAUCAUUUCUUGUGUUUUGAUGCAAUAUAUGGCCGAUCACUUGGGACGCAGAAGAACUAUCUUGUUAGCUUCUCUUUUCAGUUUCGUUGGUGUUGCAUUGCAAACCGCCUCAACGGACAACAUGGGAAUGUUUAUUUUCGCAAGAGUUGUUCUUGGUUUUUGUACCCAGUUGACUGGAGCUGCAUCUCCUCUUAUGGUAGCAGAAGUGGCUCCAAAGAAGAUCAGAGGUUUCAUGGUAGGCAUGUACUUUACCUGCUUCAACGCAGGGGCUAUUAUUGCAUCUGGAAUAACUUAUAGAACCGAGGAUAUUCACGGGACUUGGGCCUGGCGCCUUCCUUCCCUUUUGCAAGCUAUACCAAGUGCAUUGUCCAUCCUUCUUCUCAUAUUCGUUCCUGAAUCUCCAAGAUGGAUGAUCGCCAAGGGGAGGUUUGAGUACGCCACAGAGGUUCUCGAAAUAAGCAACAACCUCACGAAGAACCAGGCUGACGUCAUGGUGCAAGAGAUACAGGCGACGAUCGAGGAAGAAAGGCAAGACACUAAGGGUGCAUGGCCAACUUUACUUCGUCCGUCCAGACCGGACCAGAAACGAUUGAUUAUGAUCGUUUCGCUUGCUCUUAUUUCGGAGUUGGGUGGUUCCUCAGUUGGAAGCUACUACCUUACCGUGAUUCUCCGGCAGGCCGGAAUCACUGGAACAAAGAAACUCUUGGAGAUCAACUUGAUCAGUUCGUGUUGGAACUUUGUAUGUGCUGUAUGUGGUGCUUACAGCUUUGAUUAUUUGGGAAGGCGGAAGCAAGCCAUUGGAUCACUCACAGGCAUGAUCAUCACCUUUGCUUUGCUUGGAGGAUUUGUCAAGAUGUACGGUCAGAGCACCAACACAGGAGGCCAGUAUGCAACGAUUUUCUUGAUGUUUCUUUUCAACGGCUUUUAUAACUUUUGUGUGACGCCGCUCAACUGUCUUUAUCCUUCCGAGCUUUUUCCAAUGAAAACAAGAGCAGUUGGAACCACUAUUUUCAAGUUCUGCAACUGUGCUGCGGGGCUUUUGGGAACCUUCAUCUUACCAAUUGCGAUGGACAAUGUCGGAUGGAAGUUUUACGUCAUUAACGCAGGCUAUGAUGUGGUCUUUUUGAUUAUAGUCAUCUUAUUCUGGGUUGAGACGAAGGGCUUGAGUUUGGAGGAGAUUGGUAGGAACUUGGGUGAGGCACCCCCCUUGGAAAUGUCCGAUGCAUCAGAUACCGUGAGUGAAGUGCACGAGAUUCAUACUUUUAAGAAGCAGUGA